AUAAAUAUGUAAAAUAAUCGAUUCACAAAGGAAUUCGAAAUUAGUUUCAUAUUAAUUAUAUGUCUGAUAAGAUUAUAUCAAUGUCGCUUCCUUAGAACCGAAAGAAAUCACGGUCGCCGGUGAAUCGAUAAAUGAUAAUCCAAUCAGUGAUAAUAUUAUUAUAAUGACGUUGUUUUGAUAACAAGUCAAUGCAUUGAAUAUUAUUAGACUCCUGGCAUUGUUGAGUGACAAACAAGUUCAAACUGAUAGUUGUGAUAUAAAAAUAAAUAUAAUUUACAUAGUGAAAAGAUAGUGGUUUUCAAUUAUGUGUUGAUUUUGAUUUGAGAACUCAUAUAAAGAUUAUUAGGUUAUGGCCAAAAAUAGUCAAAAAUUCAAAGGUCUUUCUGACGACGACUCUGACCAAUCAGACGCAGAGUUCCGACCCCUCUAUGACGACAACGAUGAAUUGGACCAAAGAACAGCCCAAGAAACAAAAGGAUGGAAUCUAUUUCGCGAGAUUCCGGUCAAGAAGGAGAGUGGAUCUAUGGCAACAAGUUCAUGGAUCGAACUCAGUGUGAAGAUCCUCAAACUUCUAGCAUACAUCGUCGUAUUCGUCUUAGUACUGGGUUCCGCAGUAGUCGCUAAAGGAACACUGCUAUUUGUUACUUCACAACUAAAGAAAGGCCGCUUCAUAAGUCAUUGUAAUAAAGUAUUAGCUCUGGAUCAGCAAUUCAUAACAAUCCUAAGUUUGGAAGAACGAAUAUCAUGGCUGUGGGCGGUGCUCAUAAUUUUUUCCGUGCCAGAGAUAUGCAUGUUUCUCAGAAGUUUAAGGAUAUACUUCUUCAAGACAGCAAGAAAGCCUAUGCUUCUACAUUUUAUUGCGGCAUUUGCAAUAGAAACAUUACAAACGAUUGGGGUUGCAAUGUUGGUCUUGAUUAUAUUACCGGAACUGGAUGUCGUUAAAGGAGCCAUGUUAUUGAACGCUAUGUGUACAAUACCCGGGAUACUGAACGCAUUUACAAGAGAUCGCAGCGACUCUCGGUUCACUAUAAUGAUAAUCUUGGAUGUGUUGGCCAUAUCCGCUCAGGCGACUGCUUUUGUUGUUUGGCCACUUCUCGAUGGAACUCCUGCUCUAUGGUGUAUACCAUUUGCGUGUAUUCUUAUAUCUCUUGGCUGGUGGGAGAACUUCAUUGGACAUAUGGGAAGAAAUACUUCGGUUUCCAUGUCGUACCUGUGCGAACUUCGAGACGGCAUCAAGAGUUCUCGAUAUUUCUCACAAGCAAUACUUUCGAUUUGGAAAAUAAUUGUCUUCGGUUCCUGCAUUUUGGUUUCGUUGAGCCUUCAAGAUGAUGAUCCCUUCGCUUUCUUUACGAAAGCUGAAGAGUCCUUCCAAGCACGUGAUUAUAAAGUCCAUGAAGUCCAAGUGAUCCUUGAAAAACUAUAUCAAGGUGCAGUAGAUUACUCGAAGACAGGAGGUAGUUUCGUAGUAGCCGCGAAGCCGCUGUCUGCUCUUUGGGUUUCUCUCAUACAAGUCGGGACAGCCUACCUUUGUUACGCGGCGGGGAAGUUCGCCUGCAAGAUUCUUAUUCAAAAAUUUAGUUUCACAUUCGCGUUAAAUCUCGUCGGUCCAGUUACAGUGAAUUUGCUCAUUGCCUUGUGUGGAUUAAGGAAUGCAGAUCCAUGCGCUUUCAGAUAUACCAUACCAGACUAUUUGUUCUUUGAAAUACCACCGGUCUACUUCCUGAAAGAUUACAUUGGUCGCGAGAUGACUUGGGUGUGGUUGCUAUGGCUAAUAUCUCAGUCUUGGAUCACGAUGUACACUUGGUUACCUAAAUGUGAGCGUCUCGCUUCAACGGACAAGCUCUUUGCGAAACCUUGGUACAGUGGUCCACUAAUAGACCAAUCUUUACUUCUGAGUAGGACCAGAGAUGAUGAAAAUGAAUUGCAUGUCGACGAUCUCGAUGACUUCACAGACGCCGAUAAAAUAUCGAAUGGUAGCGUGGAAAAUAUUGUAAAGGAUGUUAGACCUUCCGAUAGUAUAACCAGGAUCUACGUGUGUGCGACCAUGUGGCAUGAAACAAAAGACGAAAUGAUCGAGUUCUUAAAGUCUAUAUUUAGGUUGGACGAAGACCAGAGUGCACGUAGAGUAGCUCAGAAAUACUUGGGUAUUGUAGACCCAGACUAUUAUGAAUUAGAAGCGCACAUAUUUAUGGACGACGCCUACGAGGUAUCAGACCAUAGUACCGAAGAUUCUCAAGUGAAUCGCUUCGUGAAAUGUCUGGUAGAGACAAUAGAUGAAGCAGCGUCUGAGGUUCAUCUCACCAACGUUAGAUUACGUCCCCCUAAGAAGUAUCCCACACCGUACGGCGGUAGAUUGGUUUGGAUUCUACCAGGGAAGAAUAAAUUGAUCUGCCAUUUGAAAGACAAAUCCAAGAUUAGACAUAGGAAGAGAUGGUCACAGGUGAUGUAUAUGUACUACUUCCUCGGCCAUCGUCUGAUGGAUCUGCCGCUUUCUGUAGAUCGUAAGGAAAAUAUUGCCGAAAAUACGUAUUUGCUUGCCCUUGACGGAGACAUCGAUUUCAAACCCUGUGCCGUUACUCUACUCAUUGAUCUGAUGAAAAAAGACAAGAAUCUUGGAGCUGCAUGUGGUAGAAUUCAUCCUGUAGGAUCAGGUUUUAUGUCGUGGUAUCAAAUGUUCGAGUACGCUAUCGGUCAUUGGCUGCAAAAGGCGACCGAGCACAUGAUUGGCUGCGUACUUUGUAGUCCUGGAUGUUUUUCCCUCUUCAGGGGAAAGGCUCUGAUGGACGACAAUGUUAUGAAGAAGUAUACCUUGACAUCUAACGAAGCUCGACACUAUGUACAAUACGAUCAAGGAGAGGAUCGAUGGCUCUGCACAUUGCUGUUACAAAGAGGUUAUCGCGUGGAGUACUCGGCGGCGUCCGACGCGUACACGCACUGCCCGGAGAGUUUCAACGAGUUCUUCAACCAGCGCAGACGAUGGGUUCCAUCGACCAUGGCCAAUAUUUUCGACCUGCUUGCUGAGUCAAAACGCACUGUCGAAAUGAACGAUAAUAUAUCUACAUUGUACAUUGCAUAUCAGACGAUGUUGAUAUUGGGUACAAUCCUGGGUCCCGGGACCAUCUUUCUCAUGAUGAUAGGCGCUAUAAACGCCCUCACCGGCUUGAGCAAUAUCUACGCUCUCUUACUCAAUUUACUUCCGAUCUUCAUAUUCGUCGUGGUGUGCUUGAUGUGCAAAUCAGAAAUUCAGCUUCAAGUGGCGAAUCUAAUAACAUGCGUCUACGCGAUGAUAAUGUUGAUGGUGAUAGUCGGCAUAGCGCUCCAGAUCGUACAGGACGGAUGGUUGGCUCCAACCAGUAUGUUCUUUGUGGCGACUUUCGGUAUAUUCUUCGUGACGGGCGCUUUACAUCCACAGGAAAUCUUUUGCUUAGCGUACUUGGUCAUAUAUUAUAUAACCAUCCCUAGCAUGUACAUGUUGCUCAUCAUAUAUUCGCUCUGUAACCUCAACAACGUGUCGUGGGGAACUCGGGAAGUGGCGCAGAAGAAGACUUUAAAGGAAAUCGAAAUGGAGAAAAAGGAAUCCGAAGAAGCAAAAAAGAAAAUGGACACAAAGAGUAUUAUGACUUGGUUCGGAAAAUCCGAAGAGACUUCUGGAUCGAUAGAGUUCAGCAUCGGCGGCUUAUUCAAAUGUUUGUGUUGUACCAACCCCAAAGACUACAGCGAGAACUUGCAUCUUCUGCAGAUUUCGAACUCGCUGGAUAAGAUUGAUAAGAGAUUAGAUUCAUUGGGUGCGCCGGCAGAGGUGGAAAAAAAUCCUAGACGUCGAUCCUCAAUGGGCCUUCGAGGUGAUACGUUAUCGAUGCUGCCUGAGUACGAAGACAGCGAAGAUUCCACGGAUAUACCUAGGGAGGAGAGAGACGAUUUAAUUAACCCAUACUGGAUUGAAGAUCCAAAUCUGGAAAAGGGGGAGGUAGACUUUUUGACGACAGCUGAAACUGAAUUCUGGAAAGAUUUGAUCGACACGUAUCUCAGACCCAUCGACGAGAACAAGGAGGAACAGGAACGAAUUAAAAAUGACUUGAAGGAAUUGCGUGACAACAUGGUUUUUGCGUUUGUGAUGCUCAACGCUAUGUUCGUGAUGGCGAUCUUCCUCCUACAACUCCGACAGGAUGAGUUGCAUUUAAAGUGGCCUUUCGGUCAGAAAAUAGCCCUCUCAUACGAUGGUAAUGAUAAUGUUGUGCUGGUAGAUCGAGAGUUUUUGAUGCUUGAGCCAAUCGGGUCCGUCUUGAUCAUAUUCUUCGGUUCGGUGCUCCUCAUUCAGUUCAUUGGAAUGUUAUUCCAUAGACUGGGAACACUCACACACUUGCUAUCCACCGUCCAGCUGAACUGGUUCUUCACUAAAAAGCCACACGACAUGUCCGAAGACGCCCAGUUCGAGAAGCGAGCGGUGGAUAUCGCGCGAGACCUGCAGAAGCUGAACGUGGACGACUUGGAGCGGCGCGGCGUCGACGACUCUAACGUGUCGCGCCGCAAGACGCUGCACAACCUGGAGCGCGCGCGCGACGCCAAGGCCGCGCCCGUCAACCUCGACGCCAACUUCAAGCGCCGCCUCACCAUACUGCAGACCGCCGACCCCGCGGCGGUGUCGCGGCUGCCGUCGCUGGGCGGCACGUCGGCGUCCCGGCGCGCCACGCUGCGCGCGCUGAUGCACCGGCGCGACUCCGUGCUGGCCGACAAGCGCCGCUCGCAGCUGCAGGCCGCGCGGGACUCCACCGGCGCGUAUCUCUACGAGGACCCCAUCACGGCGAUGAACGACAUGGCGGGCCGGUCGUCCCUCGCCUACAUGAACAAGGGCUACGAGCCCGCGCUCGACAGCGACGAAGACGUGGCGCCGGCGCCGCGACGCAGCACGGUGCGCUUCCGGGACAUCUACAAGUGAUACCACCGCUACCACCGCUACCACCAUCAACAUAAUCCGUCGACAGUUAUUGAUAUGAUGUUAUGACCUAUUUAUCCUUUUAUUGUUUGGUUUCAAGAAAUGAAAUUUUUGUUCAUUACGAUUUUAUACUC